CUCGGAGCCAUGGGGAGCCAGGGGCCUGGCGGGCCGCCCCGCGGCGGGGCUCCCUACACGGUUCUGCUGCUGCCACUGGGGACAAGCCGCCGGCACCCAGGGGCCCGGAGCUUCUUCCUCUGGGUGCUCAGUGGUCAGUCUGGGCUCACACUCCGUGACCAGACAGUGAACCCAGCCAAGGGUUGUGACGAAGGGCCACGGCCCAGAGCCCUGCUGUGGAGCAAGUCAGCCUCCGCUUCUUGCCUUCCCAGCUGCAGAGGAUGCAGGCUCUGGAGAGGGAGCAGGACGCCCUGUGGCAGGGGCUGGAGCUGCUGGAGCGCGGCCAGGCCUGCUUUGAGGGCCGUCUGAGGGAGGCACUGCAACAACAGCAGCACCUAGGGGCUCUUGGUGAGAAUUUUCUAACAGAUUUACACUCAGAGUCUCAUGGCCCCCAGUUAGCCCAGAUUCAAAAGGUGAACAUGUGUUUGCAGAAUCUGAUUCAGAAGUUCUCCCCACAUCCCUUAAAUAAGGCUAGUUCCUGUCCUGCCCAGGACUGGAAGGGAAGGCCAAGGAAGCAGAACUUACGGCAGCAACAGGAGUUGUCGAGGCAGCAGAAGGGAGGCAUUCAGCCAAAAAGCGAGACCACUCAGCCGGGCUGCCCCAAGAUGCAGAGGGGCCCAACCCAUAUAAAUGGCUCCAGGUGGUGGGUCAACUGAAGUCCAAACAUCUUGAUGUAAAGUUUCUUCUCUGCAACUGAAAACUUCCAUUUCAUCUUCUCCGUGUCUUAUGCCUUCACUCUCCCUUAUAUGAUAUGCAUAAAUGAUCUU